UGAAGGCAGAGCACUGACGGAAGUGGGACAUGGGGUUUUAACAAGACUGAAGAACAAGCCAAGGGCUGAGAACUUAUUCAAAGUGCCGUCACCAGAGACCCCCGCCUGAGAGGAGUGAACCACUGUCCUGAGGAGCCUGGGAAAGAAAAGUGUCACUUGGCCAGCUGGGCCAGCAUGCUGGCUCUUCUCCAGCAGACACGGGCGUCGUGACACUUUCCUCGAAUGGGAAAGAACACCACACUGUGUUCAUGGGAGGGAGAUCCAGGAAAGCGAGGCCUAGGACAUCACAGAGUCAACAUUUGCUUCGAGUUCUUGGAGCUGCUGACAUCGUGCAGGAUGCUGAUGGCGCCAGGCAGAGGCUGCUUUGGCCUGGCCAUCCUGCUGGCAGUUGUGGACAUCCAGCUCGGUGGAUGCAUGCAGAUCCUCAGCUCGUAUUCCCAGGAGGGCAAGCAACUGAGCUUUAUCUGUACUUUGCUGCAUAAGAAAGAAGAGGCGGAGGGGGUUACCGUGUUUUUGUGCAAGGACAAGUCUGGGGACUGUUCCCCAGAGAACAGCUUGGAGCAACUGAGGCUGAAACGGGAUUCUGGGACAGAUGGUGUCAGCGAAACAUCAUCUCAGCUGGUGUUCACCAUUGACCAAGCCACGCCGCCGGACAGUGGGACCUACCAGUGUUGUGCCAGCAGCCAGAAGCCAGAUGUCCGCCUCCAGGGCCGUUUCUUCUCCGUUUUAGUCACAGGUGAGCUCCUGAUGUCCCUAAUACCACCAGGUGGGACAUAAGCAGGGUCCAC